AUGAAACCUUUCAUCUCUGCGGGCCCCCCCUCUGGCCUGCUGCUGGUCCUGAUGUGCUGCCCGCUGCUGGGCUUGGUCCAGUCCGCCAGCAGCAACAAGGCCAGCGAUAAGGGACACCCACACCUGGGAGACGCCGACCCAGAGCGCUGCAUGAGGCACCACUUCGUGGAGACCAUCACGCACCCGAUUUACAAGUGCAACUCCAAGAUGGUGCUGCUGGCGCGCUGCGAGGGCCACUGCAGCCACACGACCCGCUCCGACCCCCUCAUCUCCUUCAGCUCGGUGCUCAAACAGCCCUUCAAGAGCACCUGCUCCUGCUGCCGGCCGCACACCUCCAAGCUGAAGGCGGUGAGGCUGCGCUGCGCCGGCGGGACCCGCAUCACGGCCACUUACAGAUACAUCCUCGCCUGCAACUGUGAGGAGUGCAGCUGA